AGCCUGCGAGGCGGAAACACGCCCCUGGAGUUCCGGGAGCGCCGCACGGGAAGAGCUGCAGCAUGGAGGAGGCGCCCCACGGCUGCCCCGGGGCCGACAGCGCCCAGGCGGGCCGAGGAGCCUCGUGCCAGGGAUGCCCCAACCAGAGGCUGUGCGCGUCGGGAGCCGGCGCCGCACCGGACCCGGCUGUGGAGAAAAUCAAAGAGAAAAUGAAGACCGUGAAGCACAAAGUCUUGGUGCUGUCUGGCAAAGGCGGCGUUGGAAAAAGCACCUUCAGUGCCCACCUUGCCCACGGCCUGGCGGAGGACGGAGACACACAGGUCGCUCUUCUGGACAUCGACAUCUGUGGGCCAUCGAUUCCGAAGAUCAUGGGCUUAGAAGGAGAGAAGGUUCACCAGAGUGGCUCGGGCUGGUCUCCAGUGUACGUGGAGGACAACCUGGGCGUGAUGUCUGUGGGUUUCCUGCUCAGCAGCCCCGAUGAUGCUGUCAUCUGGAGGGGACCCAAGAAGAACGGUAUGAUCAAGCAGUUCCUCCGAGACGUAGACUGGGGAGAUGUGGACUACCUCAUCAUAGACACCCCACCCGGCACAUCUGAUGAGCACCUCUCAGUUGUCCAGUAUCUGGGUGCGGCACACAUUGAUGGGGCAGUGAUCCUCACCACCCCUCAGGAAGUAGCCCUCCAGGAUGUCCGGAAGGAGAUCAGCUUCUGCCACAAGGUGGCGCUGCCUAUCAUCGGUGUGGUGGAGAACAUGAGCGGCUUCAUCUGCCCCAAGUGCAAGAAAGAGUCUCAGAUCUUCCCCCCUACGACCGGGGGUGCAGAGGCCAUGUGCCAGGACCUGAAGAUCCCUCUUCUGGGCAAAGUGCCGCUGGAUCCCCACAUAGGUAAGAGCUGUGACAGAGGCCAGUCUUUUUUUGCUGAAGCCCCAGAUUCACCAGCCACAGCAGCCUACAGAAGUAUAAUUCAAAGGAUCCGAGAGUUCUGUAGUUCUCAUCAGUCACAUAAUGAAAACCUCAUCAGUUCCUGAAGUGGGGCAGAACCAAGUACCACCCGCUGACUACAGAACUGGCAGGCCACACAUCCAGCCACACCUGGUCAACGGGGGACAAAUGGGGCUAUGGCCACCAGAUACUGACCAGAUUUGAAGUCACUUCCUUAAGACACUUUAAUCAUCAUCUGCAUAUUUCCUCAAGAUCAAAGGUACAGGCACUCUGCAUCCCCGUGUCAU